UGUUUCCUGUUCCAGUCUGUGUGAAUACUGCCUGCUCCACCUGCUGCUGAAGAAGAACCCAGAGAUGUUCAGCCAGCACUUCAUCGAGUGCAUCUUCCACUUCAACUCCUACGACAAUCACAAGUCCUACAACAAGUUCCCUCAGAGUGAGAGAGAAAGGCUUCGGUUCUCCCUGAAAGGUGCUCGGAACCGCGAGAAGCGUUUUCGCAUCUACCGCUUCCUGUUGGAGCACUUCACAGACGCCCAGCGCUUCAACAUCACCAUAAAGAUCAACCAGACCGUCUUAGCAUGCUUUGCAGACGAUGAGCUGCCUUUGGAUGCAGAUGGUGCGGACAUUUUGUCAGAGACCUUCAGAAUCUUGAGUAUGAAGGAGAUGAAGCUGCAGGCCAUAUCCCGUCCACCAGGAGGCGUCGCAGCGGAGGUGGUGGAGGAGGAGAACAUGGCCACCAUGGCUCAGGCCGUCAUGCAGGCCGCACAGAAGAAGGUGGUGUCGCAGGUCCAGAAGAAGGUCUUCAUAGAGAACGUGGUUCCUGUCAUCAUCACCCUAAAGAGGCUGCUGGAGCAGAAACGUUCUCCUGUCCUCAGAGACCUCAUGGCCUACCUUCAG